AUGCCUCCUAGGCGUACUAAAAAAACUGAGGCUGCUUCUACCCCAUCUGUUAAUCCAAUUCGGUCUACCAGGAAGAAGAAAUUAUCUGAGAAGGCUGCAGCUGGUGCGGAAGACGGCAUCAAGCCAGCGCAUCUUACGUCUUUGCCCAAGUCUCGUUCGGUACCAUCGCGGUCUGCGCAGACCAGCCGUGGUCAUCCAUUGGGCAAUUCAGAUGAUGAUAUGCGUGACUCCACGACGGCAUCUGACUCUGACGGAGAUAUUGGUAACGCGCCUUCCAAUACGAAAGCCAAGUCUUCCAAGAUACCCGCUGGUGGUGGUAAGAGAAAAAAACCAGCAAACAGCGACGUUUCAGACCAUCAGCCGUCCAGAGAGACAGUGCGUUCUCCCAAGAAGAAUAAACCCACUUCAUCAAGUCGUCAGUCAGCCGUUCGAUCCAAAAGAGAGCCCUCCGAUGAUGAUGUGCCGCAAUCGCAUGUCGUUACCACAAAGAAGGGUCGUGUUGCCUCGACUCGCCGGACAGGUGCUCGUCGGACCACCCGAGAAACGGCGGACAUAUCCGAUGAGGAUGCUCCAGAGGGUGAAACCCAUGCCGAGGUCUCCGAUGACAACGAUUUUGUAAUGCAAUACAGUGGAGACGAGAGCCCCCGGCCGUCUGAUAUUGGUUUCAUCGACGAUACUGGCGUCGCUGACGAGGCGUAUGAUGAUGCAGACGAUAUUGAGAUGGCCGAUGAAGAACACUUCGAAGACGACACUUCUUACUUCAACUCAGAUGAGGAGGGAGUCGCUAGUGCCAGUGCAGAAGAGGUAGAUUAUGAAUCUGAUUAUGCUCCGGGCCCUCCGAGUAGUGCACCUCCUAGUCCGAAGAAGAAGGUUAGAGUGAAGUUGAUGGAGGAUGAAGAUCAGGCUGAUGAUGAUUACCAGCAUCAGUCGGAUACAUAUGCAUCCCCUGUUCCCCGUCGCGCCGCCGCUGGGAAAGGCAGGAAGGCCGCUAAGCAGAACUUUGGGAAGGGGUCUGCUCCUUCCUCACGAUCCACACAAGUUGAAGUCACAGCGGAAGAGACCGAGGAUGAGCAUCUUCAUAUCAAAGAGAAGUCCGCCAAUCGUCGUCGGUCGGUUCCUGUUAAAGGCAGUCGCUCUAACUCUGGGCGGCCCACUGCUCAGUCAUCUCCUCGUCGGUUUGCUGUAUCUCGCAGUGAAGAUGACGAUUACCAUGAGGAGGGCCAGCUUGCUUCAGAUAGAGCUCGGCAUUCAGUUCCUCGCCGCUCCGCAUCUUCGAAAGGCAAGGCGGUGGCGCCUGUUAGUACUUCCCGUCGACGUGUGGUUGUUGAGGAUGUCGAAGAAGAAGUCGAAGAGGAGGAAGAGGAAGAGGAAGAGGAAGAGGAAGAGGAAGAGGAAGAGGAAGAAGAAGAAGAUGAUGAAGAUGAACAGCCUGUCCAGCCGGCAAAGUCAUCCAAGUCUAGUCGCAUAAGUUCAGUCAAAGGGAAGACCGUUGCUGGGCGGACGCCUACUAAAUCAUCGUUACGGAAAUCCCGUCGUGAUCAUACGGAAGAGGAAGAUGGCGAAGAUGUUGAUGCGGAUGGAGAUAAUGCUUCACUUGAAGAAGCUAGGACCCCUCCGAGAUCUCGUUCGAAAGGUAGUGGCAAGGGAAAGUCCGUGGCUGCGAACACUCCUGUGAAAGGAUCUAUUCGGUCUUCUCACUCGACCCGCGGUUCCAAUGUGGCGCCUGCUUCAAAGGGAAAACCUUCUUCUUCAAUACUUCAUCGCAAGGAGGACGUUGGUAAGAUUGCGAAGAGGAAUAAGCUUCCUCUCAACACCUCCACGAAGUACUGUGAGAUUACCAACAGCAGCAUCAUGGAUGAUUUCAUGUCGGGGACAUAUGACGGCCUUUACCCUCUGACUGCUGUCGCUAUGUCGUCUUCUGCCGGAGCGGAGGUGCUGUGUACUCCUUUUUCGUGGCUGGAAGACGGAACGUAUGGUCCCAAGCCGAUCAAUACCGGAUUGCUUAAGGAUAUCAUGUCUUUCGCCCAAUGUGACAAUCAUCGCUUCAUCAACCCUGCUAGAUUCCCUCCUUCACGAUUGUACGGCGUUAAAACCAGGAACAGCAAGAACCCUUCCUACAAUCUCACUGUCAAGGGUUUUUCUACCGGUCCUGCCUGCUGCAUCACUUUCGGAUCGAUCGUGGACAGCCAUCUGUUUAAACCUCGUGUGGCGAAGCUUUCCACGUCCUCGACAGCUUAUGGUGUCACCAUCUACCCCUUCAAAGGCGAAUGGGACCGUACUUUUGCUUGCAUAGGGAAUGCAUUCGACGAAAAUGUAUUAGCCUACUAUAUACAUGAGAAUGGGAUUACGAUUCAGAGCACUUGGGGCAAAGCCAGUAGGUUUCAAUCACAUCAUGUCUUGUUUGUCUCUUUCUGA